AUGGCGGACGUCCUGCCAGCUGGCAAACUACUCCAGCGUCGAUUGAGUCAAGCGCAGUUCAAUCAAAUGGAGAUGGCGAACUUGAUGUCGCAGUACAGUGUGGCCUUCCGCCCAGAUGCCGCUGCAAUGCCAUGCUUCAUUUCUCAAGAACAACGAAAACUACCCACGAACCCACAAUCGAUAGCUCCCAGCGACCUCAUGAACAGCAAUCCAACAAACGACUUUACCAGCAUCAACCUUGAUAGCAUGUAUGCCAACACCUAUAUGGGCAACAAUGGCUUCAACAAUGCGACAUUUGGGAACCUUACGUUUCCGGCGCCAAUCGUUACCAACCCACAAGCCAUGCAACAGCCAGUCAUGAUCAGAAACGACAGCUACAGUAGCGGCACGAGUAGUGAACCAUUCAUCAAGUCGGAAGAACAAUCGCCCAUCAACCCUUCACAAGUGUUCUUCGAUGCGACUCAAUAUGCUAGCAGCCCUGAGUCCCAACCACCAUCAGACACAUCCGAAGAGAGCAAGCCAGCAGUGUUUUCGACCGACAUCGACACUUUGAUGCGCGCCAUCCAAUCGAAGACAGAGCCCCACGAGCAACGAAAGGAAAAGCCCAAGGUUGAGCCCACCGUGAACAAACCCAAGACACGUUAUCAAUGUGACGUGGCCGACUGUGGAAAGGCUUUCUACCAGAAAACACACCUCGAGAUCCACACUCGAGCGCACACCGGCAUCAAGCCAUUCCUCUGCAAGGAGCCAUCCUGCGGACAACGCUUCAGCCAACUGGGCAACCUCAAGACACACGAACGACGGCAUACAGGCGAGCGACCAUAUCAUUGCGACAUCUGCGGCAAGACAUUCGCGCAACACGGCAACGUUCGCGCACACAAGAUCGUCCACACCGCCGCCAAGCCUUUCACAUGCAAGCUCGACAACUGCAACAAGCAAUUCACACAACUGGGCAAUCUCAAAUCCCACCAGAACAAGUUCCACGUUGAGACCAUCCGAAGGCUGAAACUACGAUUCGAGAACUUCAAGGAAGGCGACGUCGUCGACGCCUGGGAGAAGGAAAUGUGGGAGUACUUUGGCAGCCUCUACAAGAACUGCAACAAGGGCAUCAAGGGCCGUGGCAAGGACAGGAGGAUUAGCAGUACGUCGGGCAUGCACAGGAGGGACAGCAUGGUCAGCACAGGCUCUUCGAGUGGCAGCCUCAGCGCGGGGCACAGCACCAUGCAACGCGGCAUGUUUUGA